AUGGAGAUGUUUCUAUAGAUCAAAUAAAAGUUAUCUUUGUUUUGGUCGGUGCAUAUCCAGCUGCCUUAGGUCUUCGCUUUAUACGAAUACCAGAACUCCGGCAUUUGUACAAUAUUGCCGCUUCUCUUUUCAUCUUUUUAGGAGUUUUUGAUCUUUUUGAUGCCGUCAGAAUUUUAUUCGUUAAUUCUUUGGUUGUUUACCUCAUCAUGCUAUACAUCAAAAACCAUUGGGGUCCUAAACUUGCUUUCAUAUUUCUUUUGACCCACAUGAGUAUGAGUCAUAUUUAUCGGCAAUUACUUGCAGUAUCUACCGCUGAAUACGAUGCAACAGGACCAGAAAUGGUCAUUGUCAUUAAAUUGACUUCACUUGCCUAUUGUAUAUAUGAUGGUCAAAAUUUAAAUUUGAAAGAAGUGGAACAAGAAUCUGAUGAUCAAUCUCUUCACCCACGUCAAAAAUCAUUCACAAACCGAAUAAUAGAUAGUUCAAUAGACGUCGCCCAAUUUACUCCCCGUCAAUUGAAAAAAGCCGUUCCUGCUAAUAAGUUUCCUUCAUUACUCGAAUAUUUCGGAUUUAUUUUUUACUUCCCAUCCAUUAUGGUUGGCCCUGCUAUUGAAUUUGAAGAUUAUCGACAAUGGGCUGCCUCCUCGGGUGAAUUUGAAAAUAUGCCAAAUGAUUUAGGUCUCAAACAAGCUCUGUCCAAGCUUUGGUUUGGGUUCUUUAUACUUGCUAUGUCAUUUGCUUUUGGCGGCAGGUAUCCAAUUUCUUGGACAUUAACAGAAGACUACAAAAAGCUUAAACUUCUCGACCGCAUUUGGUUCGUACAGAUGGCAUGCUCUUGUGCCAGAUUCCGCUUUUAUAUCGUCUGGCUUAUGUCGGAAGGUUCCAUGAUCCUAUCCGGUUUAGGAUAUAAUGGAAGAGAUGGAAAAGGAAAUCCUAGAUUUGAUCGAGUUGUUAAUAUUGAUGUUUUUGCUUACGAAACCUCUGAUAAUCCUCGAGCUUUAAUUCAAUCUUGGAAUUGUCAGACAGACAAAUGGUUAAAAAAUUAUGUCUACCUUAGAUUAAGCCCACCAGGUCAACGUCCAACUUUCUAUACAACUUUUACGACUUUUGCCAUAUGCGCAAUAUGGCACGGUUAUUACCCUGGAUAUUACUGUACAUUUUUAAGUGCGGCGUGCUUAGUUAACUGUCAUAGAAGUAAGUGUUUUCGUUCAUACCUCAUAUCAUGA